CGAGGAAGUCGUGAUGAUGACUUCUCUCAUGGGUGUGGUUGGAGAGCAGUUCACCCCCCCGUCAGAAGUCACUCACACACACACUCAGAGGGGAGGCAUUGUGGACCAUGAGGCUGCGGAUGCAUCUCUGGGCGGCAGCACCUCACAGGAUGGAGACUAAGAUUCAUUUGGUUUCCUUGACUGUCGUCCUGUUUGUCGUGUUUAAAGUGUCGAGGGCCCAGACUCCAUCGACUGCAGAUCAGAUGGAGCCUGUGAGCAGCGUCAUGGAAAACAUGCAAACAGUGGAAACAAUUGGAAGUUUAGACCUGAGCAGAGUCACCAGAGAUGUCGUCGACUCUCCUCCGAAAACUGAAGGAGCCACAAAACGACCCGUGAGCAGCAGCAGCCCAGCGAACGUCUCCAGGACCUUGUCAGCGGCCACAGAGAAAACCCCAAAACCACAACCAGAGCUCACAUCCACUCAAGCAUCCACAACGACAUCCUCCCGAUCCAUAACUGGGAAAACCACCACUGAGAAAACCACCACUGAGAAAACCACCACAAAGGACGCCCGUCAAGCUUUAGUCUGGAAUCCGAAGUGGGACGAGGCGUUCAGCUAUGAUUACGAGUCCCUGCGCCACGCUGGUCUGGCCAUCGCAGCAGUGCUCUUCAUCAUGGGCAUAAUGGUCAUUACCUGUGGCAAAGUGUGUCGGUUGCCCAAGUGUCGCAACAGGUCCUCAAAGUCAUAUCGAGUGGACCAACGAUGAAGAAAGAGAGAGAGAGAGAGAGAGAGGGAGGGAGAAAGAGAGCAUGCACACAGUGACACAGAAACCAGUCCUUCCAUCAGUAGAAAAACACUCCGCCAACACCAAUACCCAGCGACAUGUGUGUGCAUGUGGGCCGAGUGUGUCACAAUGUCACACACAUGAAUCACGCAUAUACGAGAAAAGGUGGAACCAUAACAUGCUUUAUCUGUGUCACUCAUUUCUUUACUUUCCUAAAAAAAAAAAAAAAAAGAACAGGUAAAGUGAUUAUUUAUCCUGACAAAUAAUGAAAAGAUGAAUCAUUAUUUGAAUCACACCUUCAGCCAUGGAGCGGCCCUGUGUCUAAUGACCUUUGCAUCUUGUAGCAGAUAACACAGCCAUCAGCACCGGCGUCUCACAGGCAGGAUUGUUAUUAAAGGUUACGAAGAAUAACCCUGUGGCGUUCCCUUAUUUGACAUUCUUGCACAACACUGACACGCUCUGUUCAGGAUCUAAAGUGAAGGGAAGCCGGGUCACUUCUGCUCCCUGCGUACCCUGCAAUAUCAAAUCUGAACGGGGGAAAAAUACCUGAUGUUUGGUAAGCGGUGUCAAAUCCUCUUAGUGGCUCUAUGCUUGUAAGUGAAUUAAGCCGUAGAUUAAACAAGAUCCACGGGCGCAUUAUCUCUGCAUCCAUAUGGCGUCGCAACAGUGGAGACAACAAACUGGGAGAAGCCGAACACACGUUUUAAUAACAGCUUUAAUGGUAAAAAUAAACACAAUGCAAGUCAGCGUGGCUACAUAAUAAUCUUGUAAUCGAUGUUUUUAAUUGCUGACGGAACAAAACCAAAGAUAUAAUUCAAUUGUGCAAAUGGAAUAAAUUCAUGGAUAUAAAGUC